GUUGUCAAAAGCUCGCGCGGGAGGAAAACCGGGGCAGACUGUGCGUUUCAUUCCCGUAUUUGUGGUGCUACGGCCGCGCAGUCCAGGGCGCCAGCAGCAGCAACAUGGCCCCGAUCCGCGUAGGGAAAAGGGUUUUUGUUGUCGGAGUGGGCAUGACCAAGUUUGAAAAGCCUGGCCACCGUGAAAAUUUUGAUUAUCCAGACAUGGUAAAGGAAGCAGGUCAAAAGGCUCUUGCUGAUGCAGGCAUUCCAUACUCAUCUGUAGAGCAAGCAUGUGUGGGCUAUGUAUAUGGUGACUCAACUUGCGGUCAGAGGGCUAUUUAUCAGAAUUUGGGUCUAACAGGUAUCCCUAUUAUAAACGUUAACAACAAUUGUGCUACUGGUUCAACAGCUUUGUUCCUGGCAGGACAAGCAAUACGAGGAGGUUUGGCUGACUGUGUACUGGCUCUUGGAUUUGAAAAGAUGACAAGAGGGCCCAUUUCAACAUCUCAAUCAGAUGACAGAACAAAUCCGUUAGACAAGCAUUUGGAAAUUAUUAUAAAUAAAUAUGGCAUGAAAGCAGUCCCAGUUGCUCCACAGUUUUUUGGAAAUGCUGGCAAAGAACACAUGGAGAAAUAUGGGACAAAGCUUGAACACUUUGCAAAAAUUGCCUGGAAGAAUCAUAAGCAUUCAGUGAACAAUCCAAAUUCUCAGUUUCAAAAGGAGUACAGUUUAGAUGAAGUCUUAAACUCUCGCAAGGUUUUUGACUUCUUGACACUCUUACAGUGUUGCCCAACGUCGGAUGGUGCAGCAGCUGCAGUCCUUGCUAGUGAAGACUUUGUGAAGAAGAAUGGAUUGCAGCUGAGAGCUGUUGAAAUUUUGGCCCAAGAGAUGCGGACUGACUUUCCAAGCUCAUUUGAAGAAAACAGCUGCAUUAAAUUGAUUGGUUAUGAUAUGACAAAGGAGGCUGCAAAAUGUUGUUUUUCAAAAACUGGCCUAACACCAGAAGAUGUGGACGUGAUUGAACUUCAUGACUGUUUUUCUGUUAAUGAAUUAAUUACAUAUGAAGCUCUGGGACUCUGUCUUGAAGGAAGAGCUGGUGAGCUGAUUGACAGGGGAGAUACAACAUAUGGUGGAAAAUGGGUUGUAAAUCCCAGUGGUGGUUUGAUUUCAAAAGGACACCCACUGGGUGCUACAGGUCUGGCUCAGUGUGCUGAACUUUGCUGGCAGCUAAGAGGAGAAGCCGGAAAGAGACAAGUUCCUGGUGCAAAGCUAGCUUUGCAGCAUAAUUUGGGCCUUGGUGGUGCAGUUGUUGUAUCUCUCUACAAAAUGGGCUUUCCAGAAGCUGUAAGGAAUCGGCAAAUCCGGGCCAUUCCCACUAGAGCAGUGAUUGAUGGAUUUAAAUCAGCACUUGUAUUCAAAGAAAUUGAAAAGAAACUUCAGGAGGAAGGAGAACAGUAUGUCAAGAAAAUUGGUGGCAUUUUCGCCUUUAAAGUAAAAGAUGGCCCUGAGGGUAAAGAAGCCACUUGGAUAGUCGAUGUGAAAAAUGGUAAAGGCUGUGUGGAUGUUAACUCUGAUAAGAAAGCCGACUGUACAAUUGCAAUGACUGAUGAUGAUUUGCUGGCGCUGAUGACUGGCAAGAUGAAUCCUCAGACAGCUUUCUUUCAAGGGAAGUUGAAAGUUUCUGGGAAUAUGGGCAUGGCUAUGAAGCUACAGAAUCUGCAGCUCCAAGUAGCCAAAGCUAAGCUUUGAGCUAUUUUGACUUCAAGAUGGAAUGAAAACUUGGAAAACAAGUUCCUUAAGAACUAGGCUGGAACUAGAUGUUGGAAGUAGCAUGUUUUCCAAAUAUAUGUGUUUGACACUAGCUUUCUUGAAGCAUUUGUUUAAUUGAAAUUUUGGCAUUGCUUUCCAUAAAACCAUUACAGAAUUGAUAAAAUAUUAAUGUUAAAGUAAUCCAAGACUAUUUUAAUAGUAAUGACCAUAUGGUGUGUAACAGACCCUGGUGCAAAUCUAUCUAAAAUUGCUUUUAAGUGUGUAAUAUGAGGGAUCAGUUGGCCAUAUUUUUGUAUAAUUUUUAACACUAAGAAGAGCAGCAGGAAAGAAAAUGUGGUUUGUUGUCAAAAAUGUCUCCACAAUUUCAUUUUAUUCUAUCAUAGCAGGUCAAGAAAAACUCUUGUAUUUCAGCUGGAAUCCAGUGAGCUGUUUUAGGCAGGCCCACAUGCUCUAGAGGGAUUUUUCCCCUCUUUGGCAGAUAUACACAUGUAUACAGAUAUACAACCCCUUGUCAUAUCACAAAUGGCUAUGCACAUCCCAUUUUUUUUCCAAAGGUGAUUUGGAAUUGGCAGGGAGAUGUUGAAGAAGUCCAAAGCAUGAGCAGAAUUAACUGCAUUUUUCUUUGGAUGUUACUAUCUGAAAGAAUUUGCUACUUCCUAAAUUAACAUAUAAGGAUUUGAUUUUAUUGGAAGUCAAUUUGUUUGUAUUAUUAAAACUAAAUAAGACAGGAUUAGUUGUAAUUAAUAUUAAUUGUAGUGCUUUUCUGCAUAUUUAUAAAGACAAAUACAAACACUUUUUAAACACUUGAUUGGUUUAAUUAUGAUAUACUUAGAUCUGAAAGCUGGUGAUUCUUUAAUAAAUUCCUUUAUAAUAUGCUAUUUUUUUAAUCCAUUCUGGUUGAAGGUAAUGUAUUCUGUUCUGCAACUUUCUUAGUAAAUUUAAAUCGAAUCUUC